AUGUAUUUCAAGACUGCAUGUUUAUUGGUCCUCACGGUAGCUACGUCGUCUUGGUGCCAGAAAAACGAUGGCAUUAUACGUAAAGAUUUCGAUGGGGUCCACGAGGACGGCUCGUACCGAUGGGCUCUGCAAACUGCAGGAGGUAUAUAUCACGAGCAGAGAGGGAGAUUCGAGCAAGAUAGUACAACACCGGCCAAUUUUCUAGUGGAGGGACAGUUUCAGUACACGGCGCCAGACGGAGAGGUAAUCAACGUGCUGUACAAAGCUGAUAAAAGUGGAUUCGUGGCUUCAGGUGACCACUUACCAACACCUCCGCCCGUACCCGAAGAAAUACAAAAACUUAUCGACCACCUAGCUACACAGGAACCGCCUACUGACUACUGA